ACGAACAUUGCUGUGCAACAAUAUAGGGAAAACCCUUGCCAGUGUCAUUAUGGCAAAGGGUUUCAUAGACGUUCCUGACGUUGUCUAAGACUUUAACGCUUAGGUGUCCAAACCUAUAUUUGCUUAUUACAAAGUAGCAAGGAGGCCUGCUUCACCACAAAGACAUCAUCGCAUUAUAUCUUAUAGCAUCAUUUUUGCCUCAUCUCCUUGCAUCGAGCAAGCCCUGUAGGGGCCGCAGGUGCAGCCGCGCCACAGCGCUUCCUGGCGCAAGCUUGGUAUCAUAAUAUAGCUACUUUUUAUUAGGAACUUGGCGACUCAGGAGUAAGAGGGGCCGGCGCCGAGAGUCGCAGGCCUCUCCUAGUUCCGUUCCUUCGAGCCAGGCAUGGCCGACUACGACGACGGCCGGCAGGAAUAUGUUCCUGGCAAUCGGGUUGGAAGGCCUGUGCAGCGCCCGCUCUCCGCCCUCGCCAGCAACCGUGCCGCGGUUCCACUUGUGAAAGCACAAGCAUUUGCCAAUGGCGCACCAAACAAUACUCGGCGCAUCCAGUCCGCUUCGCAGUUCCGCAACCGGCAAGCUGCUGGCACAACUCUGCCUCCACCCACGGCUGCUUGGGCCGAGCAGUCAGCCUCUCCCCGAGCCAUGUACGGCUUGGGUGGGCAAGGGUUAGCGGCAGGUGCACCAGGGCUCUUCCCUGGCGUGGAGCUGCCGCCACCCAUUCAACGGCCCGACUUUCGCACCCUACCUUCAAAAGAGCGCGAAUCCAUGGAAGACGAAAUCCGGAAGCUGCGUGGGACUGUCACGGGGCUGAGGGAGCAAAAUAAAGUGCUGCGUACUGAGCGGCAGCGGCUUGAGGAGGACCUGGGCCGCGCUCGCAACACGCUGGUGAAGGCGGAGGAGCUGCUGAAUGCGCGUGAAAAGGCGCUGAGCCCCACCAUGGGUCUGACCCAGAUGUAUCGCACCCCCGAGACCACUGCGCUAGUGGCCAAGCUGAAGGAGCAGGUGAAGACGCUGCGCGCCGAGAAGGAGCGCUUCAAGGGGGACCUGGAGCAGCUGCUCAAAAGCACCAAGGCUACUCGUGUGGCGGAGGUGCAGGCGGAGGCCUACGCCUGUUUCCAGGAGCUCGCCCGCCAGCAGGAGAUGACCGCCAUCAUGAAAAGCCGGAUGGAGGUUGCGGAAGCCCAUGCAGCAGCAGCGGAGCGCAAGGCGAAGGCGGCUGAAGCCCUGGCCCGAGAGUUCACGGAGCAGGGCUCCAGUCUGCCGCCGCCGCCGCUGCGCCUGGCGCCUGGCAACACCCUGGCUGCCGGCCGCGUGCAGAAGACCAUGAUUGCGCUGCAGCAGGCGCACCGGGUGCUGCUGAGUCAGGCUGCGCUGCUGAAGGCGGUGUUCCCGCCGGGGUUGAGGAUGGAGGAGUUCGCGGCGAGGGCGGCGCAGAAGCCGGUUCAGGCGGGCGGCCCGGAGGUGCUGCGCUACCUGCGACACCAUGUGAAGCAGAUGGAUUUCGAGAUGCUCGGCCUGCCCGGGGACCGCGGUCUCAGGGAGGAGUCCUCGCUGGCUGGCCUUGCCGCCGCCGCCAGCCCCACCUCCCCCAAGACCGCAAAGCCCGCUCGCACUACCCCGCGCUCCGCCUCGCGCCAACCGUCCUCCAGUGGCGUCGCACCAUCCGCAGCUCCCGCCCCCGCUGCCGCGAACAACGCUGCCUCGCCGGCUGAGAGCAGCGGCCCCAAGGUGGAGGAGCCCACGAGCGACCCACGGGUCUUGCUGCUGGGCAUUGCGGACCUGGUGCGGGAGCUCCGCGCCAUGGACGCGGACAGCUUCAUGGCUCGUCCGGAGCUGGAGGCUGACGUGGAGCAGCUGUCCAGUGUGGCGGCGCUGCUGAUCGCGGAGCACAAGCGCCUGACGGGCACCGCGCUGCAGUCGGCGGGCAGCAACAUCGAGGACGUGCGGGAGAACCCGCUGUACCAACACCAGCCCAGGGUGGAUGAUCUUGAGUUGGUGCCCGACGGUGAGGAGGAGCAGGAGGAGGAGCCCGCCCCGACUGAGGCCAUGGCGGCGGCGGUGAAGGCGGCGGUGGAGAAUGUGGCUGCGGCGGCGGCGGAGGCGGUGAAGGAGGCGGUUGCAAAGGCAGCGGCAGAUGCGGCGGAGGCGACGCGCGCGGCGAUUGCAAAGGAGACGCCGCCGCCUGUGGUUAAGGAGGCUGAGGAGGAGCCGCAGCCGGAGGCGAGCCAAGCGGUGCAGGAGGAGGAAAAUGACUAUGCUGAGGAUGACUUUGAGCCCUCAGACGACGACGAUGAGCCCGCUACGGUGGCUGGUUCGGUCGAGCCGGCUCCCUACGAGCCCCACCUGGGGCCGAAUGAGGAGCGCCCCAAGCCUCCCUCGGAGCUUGCGCCUGUUGUGGAGCCGGAGGUCGCGGAGGAGGAGACUCUGCCCGUGACCGAGGCCGAGCCGCUGGAGGAGCCGCAUGCGGCGCUGCCUGCGGGCCAGAAGGCAGAGGAGGAGCAGGAGGGUGGGGAGCAGAAGCAGCAGCAUGAUGAUGAUGAGGAGGAGAAGGACCUUUUGGACAGCCUCAAGAGCCCGCCUGCGCCGCUGGACGAGUCGAGUUCCAGGCGCAGCCGGGCCAGCAGCACCAACAGCGCGCCCGACACGCCGGUGCAGCCGGACGCGAGCAGCACCCCCACCACACGGCGGACCAGCUUGGUGGGAGGCGCGUGGCCGAGGUUCAAGACGGGGGAGCCGUCCGACAACAACACCGCUACCGCCAGCAGUGCGGGCGCCGAUGCGACGGCCAAGUCGGCCGUGCCCAGCCCGACGUCUGUCGUGGACGCAGCUGCUGCCGUGCUGGCGCUGGGGAGUCACAGGGAGGAGGACCCGAAGGAGGAGGCGCCCACGAGCGUUACUGAGGAGGCUUCCAACCCCCAGGUCGUCCCCACCACCGAGCCUUCGUACACCAACAGCGCGUACGACAUCCAUAACUUUAACGGCCUUGGUGAGCUCAGCCACGACUACGACCUGCCGCCGUUGAUCUACCGCACGGAACCGGUUCCGGCGCCGCCUGAUGCCAAUGAGCACGUGGACAAGGCUGCUAAAGACGAUGACGAGGAUGGGACCGCCUCUGUGUUCGCUGACUCGGUUGUGACGGGCUCGGUGGCUACGUCGGCGGCUGUGCCUGCGGUUAUCACCGCUGCUGGUCCCGCUGCUGAGGAGGCAUCUGCUGACGCCGCACCCGCUAGCGGCCAUGCGAGCAAAGCUGUCUCUCCGCAGCACAAGGAGGAGCAGAAAGUGGUGGAGGAGGAGGAGGAGGGCGUUGCCGAGGAGGAUGAUAACCAGGAGGCGUAUUCGGCUGUAACCAGGGAGGCAUCCGAGCCGGAGUCUACCAGGAAGCCGCUGCCAGCGGCGGAAGAGGAGCAGGAGGAGGAGGAGGAGAAGGAGGCUGUUGUGGAUGAUGAUGAUGUGGAUGAGGAGGGACUGCUCCAGUACGCGACUGUACCCCUGGGCACCGCGAGUGACGAGGAGGAGCCGCAGACUGCGACCGCGCAUGCGGGUGGCGAUGGGAAGCCCUCGGCUGACGGCCAGGACGCGGCAUCAACCAAAUCGGAGCAGCAGCCGGAGGAGGAAGCGGCGGGUGCGGCAAGCGAGCUGGGAGAGGAUGAUGAGCUGACCCUGGCAAGCAAGGCUGUCCUUGACAUGAAGGAGGAGGAGGACGACGAGGGCCAGAAGCCGGAGGAGGUAGAAGAUGUCAAGGAGGAGGAGCUGAAGGGUGCGGAGAUAGAGGAGGAGGCGGAGGAGAAGCAGCUAAGCGAGAAGGCGGCUUCUGUUGAUGGCGAAGUGGAAGAUGGUCGGGCGUCUGAGUCGAAGCACCCUGUUGCAGAUGAGAGCAAGAGCGAGUCAGCUGCAGAGGAGCAGUUGGAGGAGGAAGAGGCCGCUACUGGUGCUGCCGAACCGGCGGGGCCGGAGGCGGCGGCGGAUGAAAAGGGCUCGGUUGAGGAGCCUGAUGAGGCGCCCACGCAUGCUGCUAAGGAGGUCGCAGGCGUGUCGGCUGAGGAGGAGGAGCCCGCAACGACUGCAGCUGGGGUGGCCCCGGCAGCGGAGGAGGAGUUGGAGUCGGUCGAUGAGAAGCCGCAUUCAAAGCCGGAGUCGGUUACUGGGGACGCGGCACCGGUGGAAGUUGAGAUGGCAGCUCCGUCGGACGACCAGGCCAGCGGUAGCGCCCCGGCCUCAGUCAAGGGCGAUGCGCCGGCUGCUUCCGAGGAUGAUGGCCGCUCCGCUGCACCCCAGGAAGAGGAGCCGGUCGAGGCGGAGGAGCCUCCUGCCGCGUCACCUGUGGGCAGCCUCAAGCCUGAAGACGGCGACGCCUCGUCGGUUGCAGCAUCCACACCUGCGUCGGACGCAGGGGGAGCGGCCCCAUGGGACGUCCAGCCAUCCUCACACUCCUCCACCAGCGCUGGGGCUGAGGCGGCUGAGCCGGAGGCCAAGACACCCGCACCCGCCGCUGCCGCUGCUGUGGAGCAUGCCGAGCAUGAGACCAGUGAAGGCAAUGCCGACGUCGCAUCUGCGGUUGGGUCAGACCAGGCGGAAUCGGAGGCCGUCGUUACUGAGGAGCCUGCAUCGGUUGCGGUUACCCCCAAGCCUGCAGCACCAGCAGUUGCGGACGAGGAGGCUCAGUCUGAGCAUAAGUCGGAGUCGGUGUGGACCCCUGAGCCCCCGCUGCCCGUUGCCGUGGAUUAUGGAAGCGAGUCGCCAGUGACUCCGGAGGUGGAUGGCCGAGAGCAGGACAGGGCAGCCUCCACACCCGCGUCGCCAGAGCCCGCAGCUUCCGAGCGCUCGUUCCCGGCUCGGCUGCAGGUGGCUGCUACCUCCUCCCCGUCUGAUGUGACGAAGGAACCCUUCAGCGAAUCAGGCCUGACCCCCGCCGGUGCCCCGGCCGCUGAGAGCCCUGCCUCGCCGCAUGCGCCCGAGGACUGGUUCGAGCGUCCGUCCGCAGCGUCAGCUGGCGACGCGGAGUCGGUGCACCCGCCUGCGAGCGAGGGACGCACGGAGUCGCAGAUGGCACCUGGAUCAGCCCUCGCAACGCCCAUGCAAGCGCCCAGCCCUCGCGAGCAGUCGGUUACCGGUUACUCGCCCCUGGCAACGCCCAUGCAAGCGCCCAGCCCUCGCGAGCAGUCGGCUACCGGUUACUCACCCCUCGCAACGCCCAUGCAGGCGCCCAGCCCUCGCGAGCAGUCGGCUACCGGUUACUCGCCCCUCGCAACGCCCAUGCAGGCGCCCAGCCCUCGCGAGCAGUCGGCUACCGGUUACUCACCCCUCGCAACGCCCAUGCAAGCGCCCAGCCCUCGCGAGCAGUCGGCUACCGGUUACUCGCCCCUCGCAACGCCCAUGCAGGCGCCCAGCCCUCGCGAGCAGUCGGCUACCGGUUACUCGCCCCUCGCAACGCCCAUGCAGGCGCCCAGCCCUCGCGAGCAGUCGGCUACCGGUUACUCGCCUCUCGCAACGCCCAUGCAAGCGCCCAGCCCUCGCGAGCAGUCGGUUACCGGUUACUCGCCUCUCGCAACGCCCAUGCAAGCGCCCAGCCCUCGCGAGCAGUCGGUCAGCGGCCAGCAUGCAGAGGAUGCUCCCGUGCAGCAAGCGGGGGACAGCCCGAAAGCAAGCCCGGCAGCAUCCCAGCACGGGGCUGCGGCGGGGUCAGAGGCAGCGGAUGAGCCUGAGCCGGCGCAUGCGGCAGCUGAGCCCGAGCCAGCUGAGCCGAAGUCCGGGAUUUCGGCUGAAUUUGGGGCGGAAGCUGAGCCGCCGAAACAUGCUGCGGCGGAGACUGACCCGGCAGAGCAGCGACAUGGUGAGGGUGCGGAGGCCGAGCCGGCUGCUUACCCUGAGCCCGCGGCUGAGAAAUCGCUGUCUCUGGAGGAUGUCGAGUCAGCGGAGGCUGCGUCUGGGCCGCAUGCCGUACCGAGCGCUGAUGAGGAGGGGGAGCAGCAGGCUGAGCGCUCGUCCCGGCCCCAGUCGGUACACGAGCCGGAUGUGGGGCAGGCCAAGGAGGCUGAGGAGGCGCAGGAGCCGGGGUCCGAGCCUGAGGCCAAGUCUGAUGAGCUUGAUGAAUUGCUUUCCGCUGCUGCUGAGCACGCUGGCCAUGCUCCCGAGCAGCAGUCAGGGGAGCAGGAGGAGGCGGAGGCAAGCAAGGCUCCGAGCUCGUUCGCAGCUGCAGAGCCCGAGCAGGAGGAGCAGGAGGAGGUAGCCAACAAGUCCGACCGUGCUUGGAGUCCGGAACCUGAUGCGGAGGCGGAGCCGGCAGAUGCGGGCGAGGAAGUGCUGGAUUUCUCCGAGUUUGCGGAUGAGGCAGAUGAGGCGCGUGAUGAGGCGAGCAAGCCGGAAUCCGAGGAGCCGGCAGCGUCCGAGGCUGCAGCAUCCGAGGCUCCUGCGGCUGAGGACCAGGAGGAUGACGAGGGGCCGAUCUACGUGACGGACCCGGAGUUUGAGGCGGCUCGUGAGAAGGCCGCGCAGGAGCAGGAGGAGCAGGAGGCUGCGUCGCAGCAGCCUGAGCCAGACAGCGUGGAGCAGGUGCAAGACUGGUUUGUGGGGCAGGAGGAGGAGGCAGCGUUGCCGGGCAGUGACAAUGGCGCGGGCGAGCCUGAGCGCGCUUCACCCGCCCCUUCGGCGGCGAAGAGUGCCGGCAAGGGCCUUGACUUGGCAGGGGAGUCGGAGACGUCGCAGAAGGCUCCGGAAUCAUCCAACCCAGAUGACGCGAUCUCCCCCUUCAUGGCUGAUGUGGUGACCGAGAUCCAACCCAUGAGCGCUGGCAAGUAAACUGUGGCCGGUCAUGGCCAUGCGGCGUUAAGUGCGGCGUAAAUGGCUGCUUUGGACAACAACUGGAGCAUGAUACGUACGUGGGCAUGGACCCGCAUAGCACUAGUGACUUGUUGUUGAACGAUGAGAGGGAGGCUGCCUUUGAAAAGGCGCCUAUUGCUCAUGGCUUCGACCAGAGUUCUGCAGAAGAUGUCUUUGCGCGUUUGGGUUUGCGGCUUGGGCUUGGUGGCGUUUCCCCGUUAUGCCGAGCGGCGUUUACGUCGCCAGCGCGUGUUGCCGCUGGCGAUCGGCUUGCAUUCAAGCGAGCAGGCUGUUAUUACGCAUGUGCAUUUUAACCGAUCGACACAGGAUGAGAGGCCACGACGUUGGACAAUGUUUGCAGGUAUUGCUCUCGGGAUCCGUACUUCUUAGGUUGCCUUGCCUCUGCACCAGGGGAAGCUUUGGAGAGGUCAUCGGGUGCGCUGUGGGCGGUAUCUACAACGUGUGCGAGUGUCUUUUACUGUUCCCACACACAAGGAUGAGGACAUGCAGCCCCGCUGUACGGGUGUGUAUCGUGUGUCCAGGUACCUAACAUGCCCCACAGUGACCAGGGGACCCGUGAUGAUGCAGGGUUUGUGCCUACUAGUUAGCAUGUGCGACUUCCUCCCCUGCUGUACACCCUUGGCUGGGUGGGCGUUGACCUGAAAGACAAGAAGGAUCUGAAGGACAUAAAGCUUCUGCCUGCAAGUAAAAGCAUGCUGGACUUUGCUUACGGAUGGUUGCUCCGAAGGGCCAAGCGGGGCCUGUUGCGAAAGGCUGCCUGCAGGAGCAUGUUGCUUGGAGGAGUGGAGAGUCUUGUGCCUGUGCUUUCUGUUGCCUUGCAUGGGUGCUUGGUGCGGAUAACCGAGGUCUUUCCUUAAGUGUGGCGGUACUUCGAAAGCUUGGAUGGGACACGGAGUUGAACGUGCGUCUUUAUCUGGAAGGCCGUACCCUCCUGUGCUGCAGGGUGCUUUAGUCAUUCAUUGCUGCAAGGGCUUCCCUUGACGUUACGGUUUUAUCAUCAUGCGCAAUGAAGUCGCCGCCGUUCCAGGAGCUUAAGCUGACAAUAUAACAUGGACGGUGCGCUGCAGUUUGUCACUUAUGCGUCGUGUUCAGACCUGUGUGAGCUGAAUUCUUUUAUGCCUUGGGGUUUUGUCUAGGUGGCACACGGCGCAAGGCUGGCUGAUACGGGAAUGGACGCGACCAGCUCCAAAGGCAUCAUGCCGUAUAUGCGUAGACUUGCUAAUCAUACGUCCUUGACUUGCGUGUUACUUGCUUGGUUGACCCUUUGCUAACGUUGCUCAUUGACGCUGUUGGGUGCUCAUUGCCGCGCUUAGUUUCCAUGUGCGCGGCUGUCCUGAUGUGUGGGGGAGUGUGGACUGGACUGUAACGCAAUAACAACCUGUGCGGGGCAGUCGAACCGGGUUAGGUUGCGCCGCUGCCGGGGAGGUGGCUUCUCCACGAUGGCCAUGGGUGCAUGUAGUUGCGCACCGGAUGGAAGCUGUCCGUGCGGGGGCCACUCCUGGUCGGCUGGCGACGCUGGCUGGAGCCCUGUUGAGGCCCCCGGGCUGCGUUUAUUACAGUCACGUGUGCUGCGCUACGAGGGCUUGAAGGCUGCAUGCGAUUGUGAAGGCGGGAGGGCGGUCCCGUAAAACGUGCCGGAUGAUACCAGCGUUGAAGGGCUCGUCUGCGGUUACCGGAUGCCAUUGGGUAGGACGUGUACUUGCAUAGAUCUCGUCGUGACGGCAGCAAGGUGCAAAUGGCGGUUUUGAGGGGCUAGGAUUGACGCGAAGAAACACUCCCAUGUUACCUAUC